UCUUUCUAUUAAUUUUAGAGGUCUUUCUGUGUCUUUCUCGUUCUCUCUCUGUCUCUCUCUCUCUGUCGUCUGGAUGGGCCGCAGUAAGAGACUCUUCCAGUAGACAAAGUCACAGCUUUUCCAGAAAUCCCAGCUCAUUUUUUGUGUGUUUGGAAAUUUGACUGAAACAAUCUUUGCUUUUUGUGAAUUUUAAUGGGCAUUAACUUUUUCUCAGUUCCCAAUUACAGGAAGAAGCUGAAAACUGAACCUUUGUUGUUCUUUUGCUAUCUUUGUUCGAUUGGGACUAGAAUACCCACACUUGUAGGCAUUAUAAGUAAAAAUAUCAGAAGGGUGAUAUGGGUAUGAAUGCUGUUCUGUAUCAAAAGACCUGGGUUGUUGUUCUGCGACCUGUUCUCUGCCAUCUUUAGUUAGUGUUUUUAUCUCAUGGGAACAGAGGAUUUUACUUCCUAACUUUAUUUGGUUGCAAUAUGAUGUUACUAGACAUGGCCACUAGUGCCUCAGUUGGUCCGGCUUCAGAAGCCGUUACUCAGACAGUGGAGGCCAUUCUCGAGAUUGUACUUGCUGCCAAUGAUGUCCUUGUUAAGAAGGAAAGCUUUAAGGAACUUGCAACUUACUUGGAAAGGAUUGUUCCUAUUUUAAAAGAGCUGAAUAGGAAAAAUGUUAGCGAUUCUGAGAGCUUAAACAAUGCUAUCGAGAUUCUCAACCGAGAAAUAAGAGCCGCAAAACAGCUGACUCUGGAGUGCAGCAAGAGAAAUAAGGUCUAUCUCUUAAUGAAUUGCCGGACAAUAGUUAAGCGCUUAGAGGACACUGUGAAAGAGAUCAGCCGGGCAUUAGAUCUUAUUCCUAUGGCCUCUUUGGAUCUUACAUCUGGCAUUAGUGAAGAGAUUGGAGAGCUUUGUGACAAAAUGCAGAGAGCUGAGUUUAGGGCAGCUAUGGCAGAGGAAGAGAUUUUGGAGAAAAUUGAGUCAGGAAUACAGGAAAGGAAUGUUGAUCGUUCUUAUGCCAAUAAUUUGCUGGUUCUCAUAGCAGAAGCUGUUGGAAUCCCAACUGAUAGAUCAGCAUUGAAGAAGGAAUUUGAAGAAUUCAAAAAUGAGAUAGAAAGUACACGGCUGAGGAAGGAUGAGGCAGAAGCUAUACAAAUGGAUCAGAUAAUGGCUUUAUUAGAAAGGGCUGAUGCUACUUCCUCUCCAAGGGAGAAAGAAAUUAAGCAUUUUAGUAAGCGGAAAUCCUUAGGUAGUCAACCAUUGGAACCUCUUCAGUCAUUUUACUGCCCGAUCACCCGUGAUGUUAUGGAGGACCCUGUGGAAACUUCUUCAGGACAGACAUUUGAGAGAAGGGCAAUUGAAAAGUGGUUUGCCGAUGGGAAUAAACUGUGUCCUCUGACCAUGACGUCUUUAAACACAUCAAUUUUACGGCCUAACAAAACUUUGCGGCAAUCAAUAGAAGAAUGGAAGGAUAGAAACACUAUGAUCACAAUUGGUUCUAUCAAACCAAAACUCAAUUCUGAAGAAGAGGAUGAAGUACUUCACAGCCUGGAACAGCUGCAGGAACUUUGUGAACAAAGAGACUUGCACAGGGAAUGGGUAAUAUUGGAGGACUAUGUACCAACUCUCAUUCAACUUCUUGCCAAAAAUCGUGACAUAAGGAAUCAUGCUCUCGUCAUCCUCUGCAUUUUGGCAAAGGAUAGUGAUGAUGCUAAGGAAAGAAUUGUAAAAGCUGAUAAUGCAAUUGAAUCUAUUGUUCGAUCUCUUGGACGUCGUGUUGGUGAAAGAAAGUUAGCAGUGGAAUUACUAUUGGAAUUAUCAAAAUGUCAUUUGGCAAGAGACUGCAUUGGAAAGGUCCAAGGUUGCAUCUUGCUAUUGGUGACUAUGUCUACCAGUGAUGACAGUCAAGCUGCCAGAGAUGCUCAGGCACUCUUGGAGAAUCUCUCAUUCUCUGACCAGAAUAUCAUACAGAUGGCAAAAGCAAAUUAUUUUAGACAUUUGCUGCAGCGUCUCUCCACAGGACCAGAGGAUGUUAAAUUGACUAUGGCAACAACUUUGGCAGAAAUGGAGUUGACUGACCACAAUAAAGAGUCUUUAUUUGAAGGGGGUGUGCUAGGCCCACUUCUUCACUUUGUCUCGCAUGGUGACCCUCACAUGAAAAAUGUAGCUGCUAAAGCUCUUCGGAACCUCUCAAGUUUACCAAAAAUUGGCCUGCAAAUGAUUAAAGAAGCUGCAGUGCGCCCAUUACUUGACAUUCUCUUCAGUCAUAGUGCAUCAUCAUCUAGCCUACGUGAACAUGCAGCUGGCACAAUUAUGCACCUAGCUGUAUCAACCAUGUCUCAAGAAUCUAGCCAGAUUCCGGUUUCAUUGUUGGAAUGUGAUGAAGAUAUUCUCAGGCUAUUCUCUUUAAUCAACUUGACAGGGCCUGAAAUACAACAAAGCAUUAUCCAAACCUUCCAGGCCUUGUGCCAAUCCCCCUCUGCUCCAAUGAUCAAGACAAAGUUAUCACAGUGUGCAGCUAUACAAGUAUUGGUUCAGUUGUGCGAGCAUGAUGACCCAUGUGUAAGAGCAAAUGUUGUAAAACUAUUCUGUUGCUUGGCAGAAGGCGGUGAUGAAGUCACCCUGGCAGAGCAUGUAAAUCAGAAAUGCAUUGAGACUUUACUCAAGAUCAUCAAAUCUUCUAAAGACGAAGAAGAGAUUGCUUCUGUGAUGGGAAUUGUCUCUAACCUUCCAGAAUUACCGCAGAUCACUCAGUGGCUUCUGGAUGCUGGGGCACUUCCAAUAAUUUUCAGCCAUCUCCAUAAUGGCAAGCAGAAUAAUCUCUAUAAAAAUCAAUUGAUAGAGAAUGCUGUUGGGGCCAUAUGUCGUUUCAUUGUGCCAACAAACUUGGAAUGGCAAAAGAGUGCAGCUGGAACUGGCAUCAUACCUGUUUUGGUACAGUUGCUAGAGUCUGGAACUACCUUGACAAAAAAACGUGCUGCAAUUUCUCUUUGUCGAUUUUCUGAGAGUUCACUUGUGCUAAGCAGGUUGAUACCAAAGCGAAAGGGGUUCUUGUGUUUCUCGGCUCCACCAGAAACUGUCUGCCCAGUUCAUGGAGGAAUAUGUAGUAUUGAGUCAUCAUUUUGCCUUAUAGAGGCUGAUGCUGUGAGACCACUUGUCAGAAUUCUUGGGGAACACGAUCCUGGAGCUUGUGAGGCUUCUUUAGAUGCACUGUUGACUUUAAUUGAAGGUGAGAGGCUGCAGAGUGGUAGUAAGGUGCUUGGAGAAGCAAAUGCCAUACCACCUAUAAUAAAAUUUCUUGGUUCCCCUUCCCCCAGCUUGCAGGAGAAGGCUCUAAAUGCUCUAGAAAGGAUUUUCCGGCUGGUUGAUUUCAAAAUGAAGUAUGGAGCGUUAGCUCAAAUGCCUUUAGUUGACAUAACACAGCGGGGAAGUGGUAGUGUGAAGUCUCUGGCAGCAAGAAUACUUGCUCACUUAAAUGUGCUUCAUGAUCAGUCUUCAUAUUUCUAAAAGGUAGAGGAUUUGAAGAUAAGGCACAAAACUUGGUUUAAUGCUCCAACUUUGCAAGAAUGAACAAAAGGAUGCGGGAAGACGUGCAUAGCUAGGCAUGCGAACCUUUACAAUUCUGGAAGAGGGCAGGGCAUACCUCUUUUCCCUCCUGUGAUUUGGCAUGCCAUAUUGCAGCUAAGACAAACCAGAUUGACCGUGUGAUCUGUAAGUGCAAGGUUGAGUUCACGUAUCGUGAAUUGCUUCGUCCACCCCAAGGUGACCUAAAUCCGAUGUCACUUUUGUUGUCCAGAAAAUAGACCUUUGGAGUGUGGACAAGUAGUAAAUUAACUGUGGCUUGUAUUUCACGCCAUAGGAUGUGUUGUCUGUACAACACUUGAUUGAUUCACCGGUGGAAGAAGAAAAAUCAAGUCUUUGCCACCAAUGGCUGACUAGGUAGCCAAAAUGAGAUCAUUUUUUGUAUUAGAAUUGGAUUCUUUGUCAUUACUAGGAUGCAAAUUCGUGAUUCUUGUGUAUAAUGAAAAAAAAGUAAAAAAAAAAAGUAUAGAAUAAGGUCCUGUCUUGAAAUGUUAAAUUUUGCCUUUAUAA